AAGACAGGAAGCGGUGCUGGAGCCGGCGUGCGCCGUACUACUGUUCUCCAUUCCUAACCCGCUUCGGCGCUGUACCUCCGCAGACAAAUCCAGACUGACCCGGUGAUCAACAGGAAAACCCAGAAGCCUUUUUUUUUUGCGCUGUUGGGGACAGUGGUAGCUCAUUACGGUGUCGUAAUCGAGAUCGUAUAAUUCGACGCGUGACUCAAUCCGUGAUAACUGCAGGAUGGAGUGGCAGCCAGACCAGCAAGGACUCCAGCAGGUUCUCCAGCUCCUGAAGGACUCGCAGUCCCCAAAUACGGCCACGCAGAGAGCCGUUCAACAAAAACUGGAACAGCUGAAUCAGUAUCCUGACUUCAACAAUUAUCUCAUCUUUGUCCUCACAAGGCUUAAAACAGAAGAUGAGCCGACUCGCUCGCUCAGCGGGCUGAUUCUAAAAAACAACGUGAAGGCCCACUACCAGAACUUCCCACCAACGGUUGCCGACUUCAUCAAGCAGGAGUGCGUGAACAACAUCGGGGACCCAUCGCCCCUCAUCCGUGCUACAAUCGGAAUCCUGAUCACGACUAUUGCCUCUAAAGGAGAGUUGCAGACAUGGCCAGAUCUCCUACCUCAGCUGUUCAACCUCCUCAGUUCAGAAGACUACAACACCUGUGAGGGCUCCUUUGGUGCCCUGCAAAAGAUCUGUGAGGACUCGUCUGAGCUACUAGACAGUGAUGCCCUCAAUCGCCCGCUCAACAUCAUGAUCCCCAAGUUCUUGCAGUUCUUUAAGCACUGCAGCCCCAAGAUCAGGUCUCAUGCCAUUGCCUGUGUGAAUCAGUUCAUCAUUGGUAGAGCACAAGCCCUCAUGGACAACAUUGAUACCUUCAUUGAGAGUUUGUUUGCGCUGGCUGCAGACGAGGACUCUGAGGUGAGGAAGAAUGUGUGCCGUGCCCUGGUCAUGCUUCUGGAGGUGCGCAUUGAUAGGCUGAUCCCUCAGAUGCACAGCAUCAUACAGUACAUGCUGCAGCGCACGCAGGAUCCAGAUGAGAAUGUGGCGCUGGAGGCCUGUGAGUUCUGGCUCACCCUGGCAGAGCAACCCAUCUGCAAGGAAGUCCUGGCCGGUCACCUGGUUCAGUUAAUUCCUAUCUUGGUGAAUGGCAUGAAGUACUCUGAGAUUGACAUCAUCUUGUUAAAGGGAGAUGUGGAGGAAGAUGAGGCGGUGCCUGACAACGAGCAAGACAUCAAGCCACGUUUCCACAAGUCUCGCACCGUCACUCUGCAACACGAGGGUGGCGAUGGCGAACAGGGCGAAGACAUCGAAGAGGAUGAGGACGAUGAUGAUGAUACGCUGUCAGACUGGAACCUGCGUAAGUGUUCAGCAGCUGCCCUGGAUGUCCUGGCCAACGUGUUCCGUGAUGACCUCCUCCCGCACCUUCUUCCACUGUUGAAGGAGCUGCUGUUCCACCAGGACUGGGUCAUUAAGGAGUCUGGCAUUCUGGUUCUGGGAGCCAUCGCAGAGGGCUGUGUGCAGGGUAUGGUGCUGUACCUGCCAGAGCUCAUCCCCCACCUCAUCCAGUGCCUUUGUGACAAGAAGGCCCUGGUGCGCUCCAUUGCCUGCUGGACACUCAGCCGCUAUGCUCACUGGGUGGUGAGCCAGCCCCCUGAUUCCUACCUCAAGCCCCUCAUGACCGAGCUGCUCAAGAGGAUCCUGGAUGGCAACAAGCGAGUGCAAGAGGCUGCCUGCAGUGCAUUUGCCACCCUUGAGGAGGAGGCGUGUACAGAACUGGUACCCUAUCUAAGCUUCAUCCUGGACACAUUGGUGUUUGCCUUCAGCAAAUACCAGCACAAGAACCUGCUUAUUCUGUACGAUGCUAUCGGCACGCUGGCCGACUCUGUGGGCCACCAUCUCAACCAGCCGGAGUACAUUCAGAAGCUUAUGCCGCCACUUAUUCAAAAGUGGAACGAGCUUAAGGAUGAGGACAAGGAUCUGUUCCCUCUAUUGGAGUGUUUGUCCUCUGUGGCCACAGCCCUGCAGAGUGGCUUCUUGCCCUAUUGUGAGCCUGUAUACCAGCGCUGUGUCACACUGGUACAAAAGACCCUUGCCCAGGCCAUGAUGUACCACCAGCACCCAGACCAGUAUGAGGCACCAGACAAGGAUUUUAUGAUUGUGGCUCUGGACCUGCUGAGUGGCCUGGCUGAGGGAUUGGGGGGUCAUGUAGAGCAACUGGUUGCCCGCAGCAACAUCAUGACCUUGCUCUUCCAGUGCAUGCAGGACACGAUGCCAGAAGUGCGGCAGAGUUCAUUUGCUCUCCUCGGUGAUCUGACCAAAGCCUGCUUUCCUCACGUAAAGCCUUGCAUUGCGGAAUUCAUGCCCAUUCUUGGCACCAAUCUGAAUCCUGAGUUCAUUUCUGUGUGCAACAAUGCCACCUGGGCCAUUGGGGAGAUCUCCAUGCAGAUGGGAGCAGAUAUGCAGCCCUAUGCAGGCCUGGUCCUCGGCAACCUGGUGGAAAUCAUUAACAGGCCCAACACACCCAAAACCCUUCUCGAGAACACAGCCAUUACGAUUGGACGCCUUGGCUAUGUAUGUCCACAGGAGGUUGCUCCCAUGCUUCAGCAAUUCAUUCGACCCUGGUGCACAUCAUUGAGGAAUAUCAGAGAUAACGAGGAGAAGGACUCGGCAUUCCGAGGAAUAUGUGUAAUGAUUGGGGUGAACCCUGGUGGGGUGGUUCAGGAUUUCAUAUUCUUCUGUGAUGCUGUGGCAUCUUGGGUACAUCCUAAGGAGGAUUUAAGGGACAUGUUCUACAAGAUCCUCCAUGGUUUCAAGGACCAGGUUGGCGAAGAGAACUGGCAGCAGUUCUCAGAACAGUUCCCCCCCUUGCUGAAGGAGCGGUUGUCUGCCUGCUAUGGCGUGUAGCCUCCCCCCUUGGGACAGGACACCAGUGUGAGGUACAUCUAUGGGAGGGUUACUGGGAAAGUCAUCCAUCUCUCUGUAUUCCACUGCCCUGAUUGUGGGGGAGAGGGAUGCGACUAGCCUGUUCCUCCGGACGGCCUCCACACCCUCUGUGUCUGCGAGGGAGGGUGGGACGGGUUGGAGGGGUGGGGAGGGAGGGGGGAAACCUCUUGUUCAACACCAAGUCUGACACACUUAGAGAAACCAAACCACGGGACGUAGUGGGAGGGAAGCAUAGAGGGGUGUGCAAUCCCCGUCUGAAAAAUUAAAAAAGGAGGGAGAAUCUUUUUUUAAGAUGGAGGGGUAGAAAAUGCAUCCUAUUCAGACUUUGCCUAGGCCCAUCGGCAACAGAGACAGUAGGACAGGCGUUUGUUAGAUGCGCAAAAACGGUUGUGGAGUUGUGGUGGGAAUACCUGAGACAAGCCAUGGUUCACAUUGCAGCAUGGGCUAGAAUUGCAGAGUGAGCAGAACAGGAAGGGCGCACCUUCUUAAAAAUGCUGAUAUAAUAAUGGGGAGAGACUGCAUCCUUAUGACAAUUUCUUCAAACAGUGUAAAUAGUGAAACUUUUUUCCCCUAAUUUUUAUUCCAUCAGUGAUUACAGAACCAUUGUCAAAUACUUCUAUUCUCCAAGAUUUUUUGGCACUGAAGCAGUCCUUCUGGGAAUUAUAAUUUCAAACAUAAUUGUGUCUAUGAAAGGAAGAGAAUGACAAUUUGCACGGUGGGGAUCAUGUCAGUUCAGUGCUGUUAUUUGUAACUGUGCUGCGAAACUGUCAAUUUAUUUGCAUAUGCAGGGAUGUUCGUAAUAAGGUACCUGAUACUUAUUACCCCCCCUUUCUGGCCGUAAAACUGUGACCAACAUAUCCUUUAAUGUAACAUAAGCAAUGCAGAGAAAGGGAGGUUUUGUAUUGAAAUCCAUCGAUGCCAUAUUUGGAAGCAGGCUUAUGUUCAUCUAAUAGACAAUUCGUGCUGCAAGGAGACUUACACUGUAGUAGAUUUUCUGUUUGCUGCUACUGCCUUUGAAAAUGUAUUUACUAUGGAUUUAAAGGUAGAUGAGAUUAAAAAAGUAGAUUGUCAUCAAUACGAAACAGUGUGAUAUUGAAAGCGUCUUCAUGGAUUGAUGAUCGACCAGACAUUUCUGGUUGGAUCGUUUCAGUAUUGCAGAAUGCCUUUAGGGUAGUUCUGGUUUAUACAGUGAAUGAAAGAUCUGAAAUUACAUUUGAAAGGCUAUGUAAAACUAUAACCUUAUGUGAUUAAUUGUAGGAAUUACUUGUUGGAGGGAGAACUGCACUUGUGCAUAGUUAAUGCUGUUAGGUCCUGGUGGGUUUUAGGCCUCUCUCUGUCCCAGUGACAUUGUUGACUUACCAAGAUUGAAAUGAUGAGAUGAAGUGGCCUAUGUGGCUGGGUGGUGUUUCUGCUAAGGCCUUCCUGUUUGAUAGUGGUGGACGGAUUCCACCGUACAUAUUUUAAUUACCGCUGCUUACAGUGGCACUGCUCUAUUCAUUCUCUGCACAGUGAAUAUGGGAAAACUAUCAAUGAUUGUGGCUUUGGAGAUGGGGUCAACAUGUAAUUCAAUGUGAAUCACAUUACAGCAAAUAAGUACAACUUGAUUUCAUUGGGGGGGUAAAGUAGCAAUGUGAGUCUCUGCUUUUCAUUGGGCAGUUUUAAAAAUGACAGGAUUUGACAUUGUGUAUUGGUGUCAUUAAGCUUAUAGUCCUCGUAGUCCAAAAUGCAUGUGCAACCAUUUUACUGUAGAGGCUUUUUUUUGUACAAUAAUCAGAUGUCAGCACUGUUCUUGAGUGCAGUGCUGUCCAAUAUUCAGUACCAGCACUGAUGUUUUCCAAAGGUUACAUGAUACACAGGUGACCUUUUGAGGAAUUUUGCCGUACCAAUACUGUCUAUAGAAUGCCAGCUUGCACAUGCGUGUAAAUUGGUUAAGGCUUCAUUGAACAAUGUUGCAAAAAUCCAACAGCCCUUUUAUGUAACACAGCAGUGGAAUUGCAUUCCCCCUCAAUUCACUUGACUUGGCCAGAGGUAUGUACUGCGUAGAAAUGUUUAAUUUUUACUUCUAACACUAAGUUGAACACUCAAGUCUUUCUCUUCUGCUAAGAUGUUUUUAAAACAACCCAUAAUUAAUUUCCCUUUGUACAAGAUUGUUUCCAGGUUUCUUUAAUAGGUUAAUUUUUAUGCCACCAUCAAUUUUUUUUUAAAUAUUUGGGUGUUUCCAGACUUAGUUUUUUAUUUUUAAAACUGUUCCUUGUUAAUUAAAAUAGCCAAACAUUUGAAAACAGAUAUCAAUUUAGUACCUGGAAAAUGAAGGAGAGGACAAUAGCUUUGUACAAUUAAGUUUAAUCUGAAAAACUGCAAAAUGAUUGUCUAUUGCAGAGAUGUUAACUUAUCUCUCACAUUUUAUUUUUCAUUUGAAAUGGGAAAUAAAAUGUUUUGUAUCAAAUAGCAAACAAAUAUUGUCUGUUUCUUUCUUGUAUAUAAAAAUGAUGUUGAAGCCAUUUGGUGAUGCAUCACUGAAGUUUAAUACCGUUCAUGGGGUACUAAAACAAGGAUUUCCACUGCAUGCUGUAGUUCUAUAUCAAUU